AUGUUUGGAAUGUUCAAGUCUUCGGCAGUGCGUAUUUCCGCACUCUCCUCGUCAUCACGAACUCGCUACUUUUCAUUGUAUUUUCCAUCAUCCAGCCGCUUUCUAGACCUCGCAAAUAACGUAAGAUCACAAUACCCAAUCAAUGAGAUCACACCAGAAGAACUACGUAAAACUCUAUCACCGUCAUCAUCCCAAUCAAAUAAUGUGGUAGUGAUCGACGUUCGAGAAAAAGAUGAACACUUGCAAGGUGUAAUACCUGGUGCUAUUCCACUGCCACGGGGAAUUCUAGAAAGGGACGUAGAGCAAAAAGUGAUAAGCGUCGAUGAAGUGAACAAAGAUGACGGUAAGAAUGUCGUGGUUUAUUGUGCUGGUGGGGUAAGAAGUUUAUUGGCGGCAGAGAGUUUAAUUCGACUUGGCUACAAAAAAGAGAAGGUUAAAAGUUUGUCAGGUGGAUAUGGAGAAUGGAUACAGAGUGGAUUCAAAACUGAAGAUUAUAAGGGAUCAUAA